GAUGGCGGACUGCUAUAUCUCCGCAACUGGGUAUGGUGGAUGGGCCUUAUUCUUAUGGGUCUCGGUGAAGGCGCGAAUUUCAUCGGCUACGCGUUUGCUCCGGCUACACUGGUGACACCUCUCGGAGGCCUGUCUGUCCUUGUCUCUGCAGUGUUAUCCUACCACCUUCUGGAUGAGCGACUUAAUUUGCCCAGUAAAGUGGGCUGCCUUGUCUGUCUUGCCGGCUCUACAAUGCUAGUUCUCCAUGCGCCCAAGGAGCAGGAAAUAAACUCUCUGAGAGAGUUGCAGGACAAACUUCUCAAUCCAGGGCAACUCUUUCCUGUCCAUCUUAGUGUUCGACUAACUACUCUGUAUUGCCUUGUCUUAUCCGCAUUUGUGCAUUUUGUUGUUGAACUGGGAGCCCAGUCCAACCUUGGCUUGAACUUCUCGUCACAGCUUGCCUCAGCCAUAACCAGUAUCGUAUUUCCUCGAGCUUGGUUGAGAGGAAGCUUCUCUUCUGCGACACAUCUGCCACAAAACCACAUGCACAAGUUUAGCUUAGAUUCAUCCAAAGCAAUGGACGGUCCGCCGAGAACUUCAAACCUCGCGACGGCCAACCGAGGACACCGAAACUACCAACACCUUUUUUGA